UUCUGUUUGUGUGUUGGUAGGAUUCCCAUUCCCAACUCUCCCUCUCCAAACAGCACAAAAGCACCAAACGAAAGAGAAAGAAAAGGAGAAGUUGGCCACAAAAGAGAGGAAAAAAUACAUAGCAUUAGCCGGAGCCGGAAAUGCUUAAUUUGCCGGCGUGGUUUAGAGUUCGGGAAUGCAGUAGCUAAGUGGAAAACGAGGAGAUAGAUAGUAUUAGACAGAAAAGGAUUGGAGUAAAGAAGAAAUGGACGGAGCACUGUUCAAUGAGCAGAGUAACGUCGUGUUACACGCCAAGAAGAUAUCCGACGAGGAAAAGAAGAAGGACCAUCUGGUGGUUGCUUUUACGAAUCCUACGGCUCACCAUCACCGGAGCCGGUCUCAAGCUGCUACACGGCGCGUGACUCCACCACUAGCUGCCUCCUUCGUCACCGCGGGAUCGGGAACCACUAUCGAGAAAUUCCUACCUAACGGUGAUCUCUACAUCGGUAACUUCUCAACUAACGCGCCGCACGGAUCCGGAAAGUACCUUUGGAAAGACGGGUGCAUGUAUGAAGGGGAGUGGCGUCGUGGGAAAGCCUGCGGGAAAGGGAAGUUAUCUUGGCCGUCUGGAGCCACUUUUGAAGGUGAUUUCAAGUCGGGACGGAUGGAAGGAUUCGGAACGUUCAUCGGAUCCGACGGAGACAUGUACCGUGGGUCGUGGAGUUCCGAUCGGAAACACGGCCACGGCCAUAAACGUUAUGAAAAUGGGGAUUUCUACGAAGGAUCAUGGAGGAAAAACCUACAAGAUGGGCAUGGUCGUUACAUUUGGAGUAACGGGAUCGAGUACGUUGGUGAAUGGAAAAGCGGCGUUAUCUUUGGUCGUGGAGCACUGAUUUGGGCGAACGGAAACCGUUACGAUGGGCAAUGGGAAAACGGUAUGCCCAAAGGAAACGGAAUUUUCUCUUGGCCGGACGGAAGUUGUUAUGUCGGAGCCUGGAACGAAAAUAACAUGAAGAGAACUCAACAACUGAACGGGACGUUUUAUCAUGGGAACGACGGGAAGGAGCAUUCUCUAAAAGGAGGGGAGAGUUUAGUGCUUAUGCCGAGGAAAAGAUCAUCCGUUGAUGGAAGGGGAAGCCUAGGGGAAAGGAACAUGAAUUUCCCCAGGAUUUGCAUAUGGGAAAGCGAUGGUGAAGCAGGAGAUAUUACUUGUGAUAUAAUUGAUAAUGUGGAAGCUUCAAUGAUUUACAGAGAUGGGUUUAGGCAAUUUAGAAGGAAUCCUUGUUGUUUUAGUGGAGAAAUUAAGAAGCCAGGACAAUCUAUUUCCAAAGGCCACAAGAAUUACAACUUAAUGCUUAACUUGCAAUUGGGUAUCAGGUAUUCUGUUGGAAAACAUGCCUCUAUUAUGCGGAAUUUGAAGCCGAGAGAUUUUGAUCCCAGGGAGAAGUUCUGGACGAGGUUUCCAGUUGUAGGAUCAAAGCUCACGCCUCCUCAUCAAUCUCCGGAGUUCCGUUGGAAAGAUUAUUGUCCGGUGGUGUUCAGACAUUUGAGGGAGCUAUUCCAAGUGGAUCCUGCUGAUUACAUUCUAGCUAUUUGCGGCAAUGAUGCCCUUAGGGAGCUUUCUUCUCCGGGGAAGAGUGGAAGCUUCUUUUACCUCACUCAAGAUGACAGAUUUAUGAUAAAGACAGUAAAGAAAUCUGAAGUCAAGGUCUUUAUAAGAAUGCUUCCGAGCUACUACCAACAUGUUUCUCGAUAUGAAAAUUCCCUUGUGACGAAAUUCUUUGGCGUGCAUUGUGUCAAACCUAUAGGUGGCCAGAAGACCCGGUUCGUUGUGAUGGGGAAUAUGUUUUGCUCUGAGUAUCGAAUUCAUAGACGGUUUGACCUCAAAGGAUCUUCCCAUGGCCGCUCAACUGAUAAGCCAGAAGAGGAAAUUGAUGAAAUCACAACCCUAAAAGACCUGGAUCUUAAUUAUGUGUUUCGCCUCCAGCAAAAUUGGUUCCAGGAACUCAUGAAGCAAAUUAAUCGAGAUUGUGAGUUCUUGGAGGCUGAGCGAAUUAUGGAUUAUAGUCUUUUGGUUGGAAUACACUUUCGGGAUGAUAAUAGAGGUGAAAAAAUGGGGUUAUCACCGUUUCUCUUGCGGACAGGUAAGAAGGAUUCAUAUCAAAAUGAAAAGUUUAUGCGUGGAUGUCGUUUUCUUGAAGCUGAGCUACAGGACAUGGAUCGGAUUUUAGCUGGCCGGAAACCAUUGAUAAGGCUAGGGGCAAACAUGCCAGCAAGAGCAGAGCGAAUGUCGAGAAGAAGCGACUUCGAUCAGUAUAUGCAGGGUGGAUCCAGUCACUCAUUGCAUAGCGGAGAAGUUUAUGAAGUGGUCUUAUACUUUGGCAUCAUCGACAUCUUACAAGACUACGAUAUCAGCAAGAAGCUGGAGCAUGCAUACAAAUCAUUACAAGCCGAUCCUUCUUCUAUAUCAGCUGUUGGUCCAAGGCUCUACUCGAAGAGGUUUCGGGAUUUUAUAGGAAGAAUUUUCAUCGAAGAUGGGUAGCAUGAUGGGAAAGGCAAAUUGUAGAAUAAAACAUCUGCCCCGCCUGUGGUCUGAAAAUGCCACUUCAAUUUUCCCACGCUCAUGCAGACCUGUCACUAUUUUCAAGACUCCAAGGGGUACACACUUAAACAAGUCAGUGAUUGUGAGUUCGUGGGAAUCGUCGAUAUCGACCUCAAUGGGCUUCAAAGGGAAAUGCUGAUGGCUGAGUUUGAGGGUUAUCCCCUGUGCAUUAGAAACACGGGGGAGGGGACAUAAAUUAGGAGUGUUUUGGGGUUCCUUUGUGUUAUUUUUCCUUCAAUGAAAUGUUGUGAAGAUUUAGAGGUUCCAGCUUCGAACAGAGAGUUUGAAAGUAGGGUGGGAAUAACGGUGUGUAUU